GCAGCUACAAACACACAAUACAACCUCUACCAACUCUCUCCUCUGUAACCAUACCGCCUCCUCCAGCGCGAUAGUAGAGAGCUAUACUCCUAUCGCUAAGCACUUCCAUCGCCAUGUCCGGCCCCGAAGUCCAUCACCUCUUCCACGCUCCCAUCGCCGACCACUCGUUCUCCGCCGACCGCCAGACCGUCGCUGUAGCAAAGGAGAACAUUGUCGAACUCUACGGCAAAUCAGGCAACAAAUUCGUGUUGAAAGAUGAGCUCAAAGGCCAUGACAAGACCGUCACGGGUGUCGAUAUCGCGCCCAACAGCGGCAUGAUCGUGACCUGUUCUCAAGAUCGAAACGCCUACGUUUGGGAACCCUCGCCGUCAGGCUGGAAACCCACGCUGGUCCUCCUCCGCAUCAACCGAGCCGCCACGUUCGUCCGCUGGUCGCCCUCGGAGAAGAAAUUCGCCGUCGGCUCCGGCGCACGGCUCAUUGCAGUCUGCUACUUUGAAGAGGAAAACGACUGGUGGGUCUCGAAACACCUGAAAAAGCCGAUCCGCAGCACCGUGACAACUCUGGCGUGGCACCCAAACAGUGUGCUCUUGGCCGCCGGGUCGACCGACUCCCACGCCCGCGUGUUCUCGGGCUUCAUCAAGGGCAUCGACGAGCGUCCCGAGCCCAGCGUAUGGGGCGAGCGGCUGCCCUUCAACACCGUGUGCGGCGAGUACCUCAAUGAUUCGGCGGGAUGGGUGCACGCCGUGUCGUUCAGCCCGAGCGGUGACGCCUUGGCCUUUGCGGCGCACGACAGCAGCAUUACUGUCGUCUACCCGAGUGGUCCGGACAGCCCGCCUAAGGCGAUGCUGAGUAUCUCGAUGCAGACGUUGCCGUAUACAAGCUUGAUCUGGAACGGCGAGAGCGAGAUCAUUGCUGCCGGGUACGAUUGCGAGGCGUUCAGAUUCCGUGGGAGUGAGGCCGGCUGGGAAAUGGUGGGCAGUGUCGAGGCCAAGACCCGGCCGGGCAUGGGCAGCGGCGCAAGGGAAGAGUCCGCCUUGCACAUGUUCAGACAGAUGGAUCUGAAGGGGAAGGUCAAGGACGAUACGCAGCUCAAUACCACGCAUCAGAAUACCAUCAAUACGCUCCGUGUGUAUGAAGGGUCCGCCGCGGGUGUGAGGAAGUUUAGUACGAGUGGUGUCGAUGGAAGGAUCGUUGUAUGGACCAUCUAGAUGGCAUCAUGGCAAGAAUUCCGGCACACAGAAUAGGAAGCCAAAAGUCAACUACUGGAAACCGCGGCCGGUCAGAAAUGGAACCUCCCAAUGGCUUACGAAAAGGGAAAAGGAUGAGACUUCGGUUUGUGUUAGUUCAAGAUGCACUACCGAACUGCCAGGUAAUGGUCGACAUUUUCGGGCUUCUGUCUCUCUUGCAGAGACUUCAGUAUAUCCGUCAGGCACUCCUUUCUUCCUUGGUCAAGUCCAUAAUUACCUCAUCGUCUCCAGUCUCUGUCUGACUGCCCACCGUUGCCUCAGAAUCGGAGUCACCCUCCUGCAUCAACUGGUAUGCCUCCUCUUGUUUGACCUGGACAUCGGUCGGAAAGGGGUGCGCAGCCUCGUGCUCCUUCAACAGGUAUUCCUCCUCUUCAAUUUCGAUGACGGAGCUGUCGCACGCACGCACAUCUGCUCCCGGCAAGUCAUUCACUGAAGUCCCGCCUCGUACACACCUCUGCUCGUACGCUUCACCCAUCGAGGCGUCCCGUCCAGUCGUGCUCCCACCCACGGUCUCAGCAUCAAUAGCCCUCAUCCUCACCGCAAACUCGACCUGUAAUCUCUUCAACCACGCGGUGAGAUUCCUUGGUUCGGUUUCACCACUCGCGCAACUCUCCCUGGCUUGAACAAGCUGCUCACGCAGAUUCAACAGCAACUUCCUCCGUCUCGCCAGUGCCGUAGCCUGUGGAUCUCGUCUCCGCGCCUCAUUCCGCUCAUGCAGCAUCCUCGACACACCCUCGGCGACCUCGACCACCUGCCCAGGUAGACCGAUGACCUUCGCCAGCGCCAGGCCGUAGAACUUCUCCUCCUCGUACCCGUCCGAGAUCUUGUAGCGCAUCUUCAUCUUGGAAUAAUCAUCGCUGAUAUCCACGGCAAGAUGCAGAUUGACUACACCUGCACGCUCGGCCAAGAUUCGCGGUAGAUCUCGAAAAUGCGUAACGAACCACACCAGCGCCUUGGACUCGAUCAACGCCUCGGCAAUAGCAAUGGCGAUCGCCAAUCCGUCCGUCGUGCUCGUCCCGCGCCCGAGCUCGUCGAUAAUGACGAGACUGUGCUCAGAGAUGUUGUGCAGAAUGAACGCCAUCGCCCGCAUCUCGCUGGCGAAAGUAGACACGUUGGCUUCGAUGCUGUCGUCCGUCGACACGCGCGCGAAGAGCUGCCG